UUGAAUCGCUGAGUGCGAUACACUUCUAUCCAUCUCACUCGCGAAGAAGGUAGUUGCACAUUACCGACUAUCAGCAGUCGCUACCGGAGCCGCAUGAGAAACACCGAGUGAAAGCCGCGAAACAGUACGAGGAGCCAGCAAAGUGUGCUUGACUCAAAAGUACGGAAAGGAGGAAACUUCGCAUAAACUAUGGCCGUAUCAUCAACUCCUCCGGUGCUUUCACCGACCUCCACUACCGGGGGCGCGAGCAGCCUGUUCCGUCCCGACUCUCUGUACUCCAGCCCGGCCGAGUCCCCGCGACUGACCAGCAGCAUGAUCAACUCUUUCAUCACCGGCACCGGCGGCGGCAGCACUAACGGGAACGGGCCCGGCGGUGUCCAUAAUAACGAGUGUAAGAUGGUGGAGGUGCACGGCGUGAAAGUGGCCUCGUUCACCGUGGACGGUCAGGAGCUCAUCUGCCUCCCGCAGGUGUUCGACAUGUUCCUGAAGCACCUGGUCGGCGGACUGCACACCGUCUACACCAAGCUGAAGCGGCUGGAUAUAUGUCCGGUGGUGUGCACGGUGGAGCAGGUGCGGAUCCUGCGCGGACUUGGGGCCAUUCAGCCGGGCGUGAACCGGUGCAAACUCAUCACCCGAAAAGACUUCGAGGCGCUUUAUAACGACUGCACCAAUGCGAGUCAGCUUUUCUUUCUGCCAAACCACCUGCAGUUUUGA